CCUCCGGGUCCGGUGUGCGACACCGCUACAUCCACAGUGCUACGGGUUUGGUGAGCGCUAGUGCUACAUUACAUCCAUCGUCAUAUCAUAUAUCCUUUGCCUCCUUCCCAGUGCCAACCUCUCGUUCUCGCUCUCGCUCCUUCGAUCGUCGAUCAUAUGGCGUCCUCCUCCGCCGCCCUCCUCGCGCUGCUCGUCGCCGCGGGCUGCGCGGGGAUGGCUGCGGCCACGUCGUACGCCGUCGGCGAAGCGCAGGGCUGGGCGACCGGCGUCGACUACUCCGGCUGGACCAGCGGCAAGUCGUUCGCCGUCGGCGACACGCUAGUGUUCAGCUACGCGAGCAAGGUGCACACGGUGACGGAGGUGAGCCAGAGCGGCUACACGUCCUGCUCCGGGACCAACGCGCUGGCCAACGACGACAGCGGCGCCACCACCGUCCCGCUCAAGACCGCCGGCACCCACUACUACAUCUGCAACGUCCCCGGCCACUGCGCCAGCGGCAUGAAGCUCGCCGUCACCGUCGCCGGGGCCGGCUCGUCCACGGGAGGCUCCGGCGCCUCCGCCGCCGGGGGCUCGCUGGUCCCGGCGAUGGGCGCCGUCGCCGCCGCGGCGGCGGGGGCUCUGCUCAAGGUGGCGCUGCUCUGACCGUACGUCGGCGGGCGUUGCCAGGGCAGAGGCAGUGCAGGUCAUCGGUCGCUUUCGAGGAUUUCGGCCGUCUUAAUUUGCGUUACGGUUUUCUUGGGGGCGCCGUUCUUUGACGCGCACUUGUGUCGUGUAUGCACGUUGGUUUGUAGUCGUGCCAGAGCAUUAUGGAUUGUGCGUUUUGUGACGAAAUGCUUUCUUUUUCCUGACAAUUCUUCGUAAUAAUAAAGAUACUUUGUGCAAGAAAA